AGGCAGCUCGGUCCGCCUUCCGGAAGUGUGACGUCAUCGUAGAGCUGUGUGGUCCUCGGGAGCUGGCUUGAGUGGGCCUGACGACGCCGAUCCCCGGCAUUGCCCUUCGCCUUCCUCCCUGAAAGCUUGGUUUUCCUACUUAGCCUCGUACGCAGUGUGGGAGCUCGAGCCUGGGACAAUGGUGUGCAUUCCUUGUAUCGUCAUUCCAGUUCUGCUCUGGAUCUUCAAGAAGUUUCUGGAACCAUAUAUAUACCCUCUGGUUUCCCCCUUCAUCAGUCGUAUAUGGCCUAGAAAGGCGGUACAAGCCUCCAGUGAUAAAAAUAAAAGCAAAGUAGACUGCAAGGGUGCAGAAGCAAAUGGAAUGCCCACAAAAGGACCAACAGAAAUCUCUGACAAAAAGAAAGACUAGUGAUUUUUCCCACCUGAUCUCAGUUGUUUUACAAAUGGACUUGAUAAUAUGGAAGCAUCUUUGAAAUUGUCUCUGACUUUUUUCUCUGGUGACCAGAAUUCUGGAUAAACAGUUUAGCUAUUUACCUAAUGCUAGUCAAGAAAUACGUGGUAUUUAUAUUUAAAAUUUACUUGAUUAUAUUUAAUGACAAGUUCCUAUUUCAUUAAACUAUCUUUAAUUUCUGUUACUGACGUUAAUAAGAAAAAAGAAGGUUUUGCCAGUAAACACUCCAAACUUAAA